GCCAAUCACCUCCCAGUAUUUGCUCACCGUUCAGAGUGAGGCCCCGCCCCUAGCCGUUGGGCGGGCAGCACCUGAGGGCGCAGGUCAACCUUCUGCUCCUCCGUCCCCAUCACUUCAGCACUGACAGGAGGCGACGAUGCACCUAAGACACCUUUUACUGGGGCUGCUUUUUGCACAAGCCUCUGCGGAGCUGCCCAUGUGCAAAGAGUCAGAUUAUCACUUUGAGUACACAGAGUGUGACGUACUUGGGUCACGAUGGAGAGUGGCAGUUCCCAACAAAGCCGACAUAUGCACAGGCCUCCCCGAUCCAGUCAAAGGCACUCAGUGCACCUUCUCCUGUAGUGAGGGGGAGUUCCUUGACAUGCAGUCGCAGCAGUGCCAGAAGUGUGCUGCAGGCACCUACUCGCUGGGCACCGGCGUGGCCUUUGAUGAGUGGGACAGCCUGCCCUCUGGUUUUGUCACCCACGGGGUGACCGGCAAUGGCGGGGAUUCCCACACAGACUGCUCCAACUCAACCUGGACGCCAAAGGGUGAUCACAUAGCCUCAAACACAGACGAGUGCACUGCAACGCUGUCGUAUGCUGUGAGCCUGAAGCAACCUGGAACUGUGACCUUUGAUUAUUUCUACCCGGACAGCAACAUUUACUUUGAGUUCUUCGUUCAGAAUGACCAGUGUCAGUCUACAGACUCUGAGAGCCGCUGGAUGAAGAUCUCUGACAGCUUCUUCAGCAAACAUGGGGUUGAGCUUAAGAGCGGCAACAAUGUGUUGUACUGGAGAACCACUGGCUAUACUCUGGAGGGCAGCACUAUCAAACCCGUGCUGUUAAAAAACAUCGCCAUCUCAGGAGUGUCCUACACCUCAGAGUGUUUCCACUGUAAACCCGGCACCCACAGUGCAAAAGCAGGAUCUGCCCGCUGCACCCCCUGCCCUGCUGACACCUAUUCCAACAAGGGUGCCACCGUUUGCCAUCAGUGUGAAAAAGACAAAUACUCAGAGGCUGGCUCAGGGAGCUGCAAACCGAGACCUGCGUGUACAAACAGUGACUACUUCUACACCCACACACCCUGUGACUCUGAGGGAAAGACUCAGCUAAUGUACAAGUGGAUCGAGCCGAAGAUCUGCUCUGAGACUGUCAAACAAGCCGUGAAGCUGCCUGCAUCAGGGGAGAAGCAAACCUGUCCUCCAUGCAACCCGGGUUUCUUUGUCACCAACUCUUCCAUCUGUGAACCCUGCACACAAGGUUUCUUCUCAAACGGCACAGCCUGCAACGAGUGCCCUGUUGGAACAGAGCCAGUGGUGGGUUACGAGUACAAAUGGUGGAACAUGAUGCCGAGCAACAUGAAGAGCAUCGUCUUUCGCCGAGAGUUCGGUGAAUCUGAACACAGCACAGCAUGGGAGGUGGCUGGAGAGUACAUCUACACUGCCCCCGGGGAUCAGGACACAGACUACCUAAUGCUCACGCUCGAUGUCCCUGGAUACAGGCUGCCUCAGUCCGUGGCCAAAGACAGCGAGACGAGUGAACUUUCUCGGAUCACCUUCGUCUUUAAGACCACAUGUACCGCUGACUGCAAAUUUUACUUCCUGGCGGGUUACAAUCAGUGGAAUAACGAAUUGGUGGAGCACUGGAAAGGCAGCAACAUGCAACAGUCAUACUCCUAUGUCAUCCAGAGCAACAGCACCACCAGCUUCACCUGGACGUUUAGAAGAACAGAGGAACGUAACGUGGAGCGGAAAUACAGCUCUGAUUCUGCAAAGAUCUUCUCCAUCCACAUCACCAAUGUGAUCGGAGGUGUGGCCACUGAGUGUAGCCGCUGUGCCCUUAACUCCGCUAUGGCCGACUCCGCCUGUGUUCCCUGCCCACCGGGACACUACAUGGUCAGCGAGACUGGAGCGUGUGAGAGCUGCCCGCCAAACACCUUCAUCAGGGCCAGUCAGCCUGUCGGAGAGGCUUCUUGUGUUCAGUGUGGACCAAACACACAGAGAAACAAGGCCUACACAGCUUGUCUCAGUGACUGUACGUUGGAUGUGCAGACAGGAGAAGGCGCGCUGCUGCACUAUGACUUCUCUCCUCUGUCCAACGUCAGCGGCUUCCACAGCAGCCCCCGCUUCACCAACAAAGGCCUGAGAUAUUUCCAUCGCUUUAAUUUUGGCCUGUGUGGGAGAGAGGGCAGAGUACCGGCUACCUGCAUGGACAAUGUGACAGCGAGUGGGAAAGGGGUCAAAGGUUACGUCUGUAGGGCCACUGUGGUUCCUUCUGAAAUCAGGAGUCAGAGCGUGGUGUCCACCCAGCCUUUCAUCAUCGGUGACUCACUUGCCGGUGUGACGACAGACACGACCCUGAACGGCAUCUCAUCUCCAGAGUGGCUGUUUCCCGCUGCGUCCGGCCUGCCAGAUGUCAUCUUCUAUUACAAGUCCAGUGAGACGACUCAGGCCUGUAAACAAGGCAGGUCGACCACCGUCAGGCUGAGAUGUAACCCCACAGUGACUGCUAAAGACCACAUCACGCUGCCAAGUAACUGUUCAGAGGGGACGUGUGAUGGUUGUACUUUCCACUUUCUGUGGCAGAGCCAGCAUGCGUGUCCACUCUGCACCAAAGACCACUACAGAGAGAUUGUCAGCGCUUGUGUCCAAGGAAUACAGAGAACCACCUAUGUGUGGCAGCAGCCGUUGCAGUGUUUUGGAGGAGAGUCACUACCGCCACAAAAAGUCAAUGCCUGUGUGACUCUGGAUUUCUGGCUCAAGUUUGGUGUUUCCACAGGAACGAUCGCUGCUGUGCUGCUCAUCAGUAUCAGCUGCUAUUUCUGGAAGAAGACACGCAAGUUGCAGUAUAAGUACUCCAAGCUGAUGAUGAGCUCUGGGGGUAAAGAGUGCGAGCUGCCCACUGCAGACAGCUGUGCAAUAAUGGAGGGAGAGGACGCAGAGGACGACCUCAUGGACCUCACCAAGAAGUCCUUCUUCACCAAAAUUAAGUCCUUCUCACGAGAGAGGACAUCAGAUGGAUUUGACUCGGUUCCACUCAAAUCAUCUUCGUCACACCAUCAAAUACUGGAGGAAGACUCUGAUGAUUAAUUCAGAGGACGAACAGAUUCUUCUAUCAAACUUUAAGACAAACCGAUCCAACAGACGGAGUCACAGAAAACAGACUUUUUAAAUUAAUGAAUAGAGUGACAGUUUUAUUGAGUAUUAUUUGUCAUAUGUUAGGCUGCCAAACCUAAUACUGCAAUAGAAAGUCUCCAUAUUGGGGAUAUUCUGUAUUUUCAAAGCCAAAUUGUGUUUUUCAAACUUAGAUGAGAACCAAACUGUGGAUGAAGUUACAAUUUUUGUACAUGUGUCAGACUGUGUACAUUUUACAUAAUUGUGAGUGUGUAUUUCAUUCUUUUUUUUUUUUUUUGAGCUAUCCUGUUUUUUAUUAGACCAGCCACCCAGUUCAGGCUUAAAAGUUACUGGCAACAUGUGAAUUAUAUUUGCUACAGCUUUUGAUAACCUUUUAUGCUGCACCUAAGAUUAUGAUAUAAUCUUGCUUUGUAUUUUCUACAAUAAAAAAACAACACAAAUGUCCAUCUCGAGAAAUUAAGAAUAACCUCAAAUGCUGCCUUAAGACCAUAUUCCAAAGCAUAAAAAUUUCUUAAUAAAUCACUUUGUGUUACAUACAUUAUAUGAUACUUUUAUGUUACUGCUUCAUAUGUUCAUGUGUAUUGUCAUGUGCCUUGGAUUGAAACAAAAUAUAGCUUUAUAUAAAGAGUAUUUCUUCUGUGGUUGUUGGUUUAGUUAAGAAUAAAAAAAUGUGAAUUUUAAUGCCAUGCAAAUGUAAUAGAUGUUUUAAAUAUUUAA